AUGAGUGGUGAAGUUAACGAGCCAUUUAGCGGCGGAGGAUUCCGCUUCAAUGGCCGCAAAAGAGGACGAUUCCAUUCUCCAGAUUAUAGCGAUGGUGGGAUCAUGGCAAAACUUUAUAUCGCGCCAAUUCCAAGAACAACGACUGAAGAAAAUAUCCGCUCUUUGUUUGAAGAGCAUGGAAGUGUUGUUGAGGUUGUUUUUCCCUGGGAUAAGCGGACUGGGCAACAACAAGCUGAUUACGGGGAAAACUAUGGAGGCAUACUUGUGGGUGUUGUUAGUGGCACAAAAAUGGGGACCUCUAUGUCUUCAUAUGCUAGUUGGUUGCCAUUAGCAUAUUGUUUUGUGAAAUAUGCGACAUACGUGGAAGCUGACAGGGCUAUUAGGGCUUUGGAUAAUCAGUAUGCUAUUCCUGGGGAAAUGGUUCCAAUCAAAGUCAGAUUUGCUGAUGGAGAACGGGAACGCCUAGGGGGACCCGUGGACAAAAUCUAUGUUGGUUCUGUAAACAAGCAGGCUUCAAGACAGGAAAUUGAGGAGAUAUUUUCUCCUUAUGGUCAUGUGGAAGAUGUCUACAUUGUACGUGAUGAGCUGAAGCAAAGUCGUGUCCAGAAAUUGUGCCAUGAGCUCUGUGUUGCUCUCUUACUUGCUCGAUUACAUUUGUUUGUUAUAUUUGAAGAUGUAGAGAAAAUGGCAAAUUUAAAUAUGGCACUGGCAGCAAUCAAAGCAUUAAAUGGAACUUUUACCAUGAGAGGGUGUGAUCAGCCAUUGAUUGUUCGUUUUGCAGAUCCCAAAAAACCUAAAACUGGAGAAUUAAGGCCAGCACCCAACUUUGGUGAUUCCAUGGGAGGGUGUUUUGUGCCUGACGCUUCAUUUUCUAUGCAACAAAUGUCAGCAACUGGAGUUCCACAAGCAGUUAACCAUGCAGCUCCUCAUAUCACAGAGCAACCACUUUCUUCAGUAAAGCACUCACCUCCACAGUUGUCUCAGCCAACUUGGACUGAAAGCACUCCUCAGGAAACUGGUCAUGCUUCUGUUGCACCUGCAGUACCUCCCAGUCCCCAAAUGGUGGAUCCAGUAGAGUGUGACUGGAGUGAGCAUUCCUGCCCAGAUGGAUACAAGUACUAUUAUAAUUGUAUCACCUGUGAAAGUAGAUGGGAGAAGCCUGUGGAGUUCAUCUUAUUUCAGCAACAAUUGCAGAAACAGCAAAAGCUGCACAGUUUGAAUCAGCAUCCUUCGCUUUCGCCAGCUUUUUUUGCUGAGGAAGUUGAUCAAACACAAAAGGUGCUUCUUGAGAUGCUUCUCUUGCAUCAGAAACUCAAAUCAAUCAUCCUUGUCUGUGCCCAUCAGCAAACUGUUUUACUUGGGUUCUAUGUUACUAGCACUCUUUUGCAUUUUGGAUUAUUAACCACUAACCAGGCUUUUGCUGUUUAUAGUCAUGGAAAUUCUAGAAAUUUAACGUCUGUCAAGAGUGUUGCAAGAAAUUGA